UUAACGCUCAGCACUUUCUAUAAUAACAUAACAUUGAUCAUUAAAGUUAUUAUAUUCAACUUUUGCGUUACAUAUGUGCAUGGACAAGAUAUCCGUGACACAGGUAAAUGACGUUUUCUACAUAGAUCAAUUCGAUGGUAAUGCACAUAUUCGUGGAACUUUACACUUAACUCUGACGCACAUAUUUUUUCUUGGAUUAUCUCGAAAACAGGAAAUAUGGUUACCGAAUCAACUAAUUUCUUCAGUUGAACGUCUACCGUUAACUACUGGUGGUGCACCUUUGAUUAUACGUGGAAAAGAUUUCCGUGUAAUUCGUUUGGUUGUUUUAAAAGAACGAGACUGUCACGAUGUUUAUUUAACAUUGACACGGGUACUUCGUGUUGCACAUGUGUCAGCACUCCCGUGUUAUCAAUUUGUUCCGCCGGAUUGUUAUUGGUCUCGAGAAGAAGGCUGGUCAACAUUUUCACUUAAGUCUCAGUAUAACCGAUUUGGAUUACCUAAUUAUUUUUGGAGUCUAACUAAUGUUAACAAAAAUUUUGAGAUAUGUGAUACUUAUCCACCCGUAUUAUAUGUUCCAAGUAUGGUGUCAAAGAAUAUUUUGUAUGGAAGUUCACGUUUUCGCAGUCGUGGCCGAUUUCCUGUCUUAACUUACUUACAUCCAAAUGGAAAGUCAGCUUUAUGCCGAAGUAGUCAACCAUUAGCAGGUUUUUCAUCGAAAUCAACCGAAGACCAAAUACUUUUAGAAGCUAUACGUAAUUCAAAUCCCGAUUCGAAUAUAUUAUAUGUUGUUGAUACGCGACCAGCAAUUAAUGCCUUUACUAAUCGUGCACAAGGCAAAGGUUAUGAAGAUACAAAUGUUUAUCGUAAUGCUGUCAUACAAUUUUUUGAUAUUGAAAAUAUCCAUGUUGUUCGUUCAUCGUUAGAAAAAUUAUUAAAAGUAUGUUGUAAUCCAACAGUUAAUGUGGAACAAUUUACUUCUGGUUUAAAUAAAUCUGGCUGGUUGAAACAUUUACAUGCUAUAUUAGAAGCAGCUUAUUUUGUUGCAAAACGAUUAGAUGAAGGGAAUUCUGUACUUGUGCAUUGUUCCGAUGGAUGGGAUCGUACUGCUCAAGUUUGUGCCCUAGCUCAAAUUAUAUUAGAUCCAUAUUAUAGAACAUUUCUAGGGUUGCAAGCUUUAAUUGAAAAAGACUGGCUACAAUUCGGUUACAAGUUCACCGAACGAUGCGGUUUAGUGUCAGGUGCUGAUCCUCGUGAAGUCUCCCCAAUAUUUACACAGUUUCUUGAUUGCUUACGGCAUUUGCUCGAAAUCUGCCCAACUAAAUUUGAAUAUAAUAUUAAAUUAUUAAAGUAUUUACACGAUCAAAUUUAUUCAGCCGUUUAUGGAACAUUUAUUGGAUGUAGUGAAAAAGAAAGAAUCAAUUUAAAAGUUCAACAAAGUACUUACUCUUUAUGGGGUUAUUUAAAUCAAUAUCGUGACAGAUGGAUCAAUCCAUUCUAUGAACAUAAUUCUGUAUGGACAGAUUCUUCUAUUGACGGGGGUGGCAGGGGUAACUACAAAUACAAUAUAUCAUCCCAUUUUGAAACCGAUGAAUUAAUUACUGUCGGAAUUGAGUUGAUUAAUGAUGGUAAAGGGAAUAGUCGAUAUGCAGCGGAUAUACUACCUGUAUAUAUUCUAUGUGCACCUUUAUUUCGUUUAUGGCGUGAUCUUUAUUUACAUUGGGAAUGGCGUUUGCCUAAAUACGAUUUACAACGUGAAAAUCAUGUUUCGGAUUACUUAUCAGGUCUGUCAACUCUACUCGAUCACAAUCGACUUUUAGAGGCUAGAAUCGGUCAGUUGCAAGAAUUAUUAAAGUGUAAAAUUGUACAUGGUAAGAAUAAUCUAUGUAAUUCAAUGGACAAAUCUAUUACAUCUAAGCUUAUGAACAAUGAUGGAAAUGAACAGACAAUCAUAGACACUAUCUCCAAUUUAUUUCAUUUUCAACGUACAAUCACAUCGUCACCAACCCAUAACAAUAAUGUUAAUAAUCGUUCUCUUGUUCUUACAAAACAGAAUUCAAUUACGAGUGAUCAAAAGCGUUUAUCUCAACCCACCAUUGAACAGUUGAAAUGUGAGAUGAGUAUAAUCAACGUGAACUGGACACAUUGCUUUAAAUCAGGAAGUUUAUGCUGUGUAUGCAAUAGCCUGUUAGCUUUGUCAAAUCAAUCGGUUCAUUGUCAUUCAUGUGGUCUACUUAUAUGCUCUCGGUGUAUUCACUCAAACCCGCCAAAAAUUCCAAGUUUAUGGUCAAAUGAACAAAGAUCUGUUCAGUUUUGUAAUCCAUGCGCUUCCGGAUUGCGUAAUAUCUGUAUUUACAACAGCAGUGCUGGCAGUUCUCAUAUAAAACAUUUUACUCAAAUGGAAUCACUUGAAAUUUUUGCUACUACCACUACUGCAUAAAUAACAGUUGUUUGUCUUUGAAAAAUCCACUAGCUUUGGGAUAACUGACUCUGUUUAAUUGACUGAUUGGUUGAUAAUUGACAGAUGUAUGUGACAUUCAAGUCGAUAUUCAGUUGUUUGUGUUGGAUGGUAGAUAGUUGUCUGUCGUUCUCUUCAUCAAGAUAAUAUGAUUCUAGGCUUCAAGUACUGGUAAAUUAUAUAAUUCCCAUUGAAACUGAAUUAUCUGUGAUUUAAGUGGUUCCUUUCUGUCUACAAAAUAUUAUUAUUGUUAUUACGUUUGUAUUCAACCGUGUUUCUAAGGACUAGUACCUUUUUCUCGUUGUAUAUUUAUUAUUUGUAUAUAAAUGAUUUCAUCACAUCACAAUAACCUAUUCCCUUGUUUUUGUUUGUCGCUUGUGUUUCGUGUUGUUUUUCAGAGGAAAUUAUGUGGUCUUUCCUCAUCUCUUUAUUGAUUUUCCCACUUUUAACUUCUUGUAUACACUCACCCUCUUGGUCAAUUCUGCUUUUGCUGAAUUUUGUUAUCAUUUCAAAGUUGACUUCAUAAUCAAUCGAUGCAGUAACGGUUGGUCGAACGAGAAUUGUUUUUUUCGCUCUACUCUCCUUUCUCAUACCCCCUAUUCUUGUUAUUAAAACAUUAUAUUUCAUAAUGAGACUUUUAUGGCCGUUUGAUUCGGCUCCAGUUAGAUCGUAUGAUGAUGUUAUCAAAAUAUACAUCCUGGCUAUCCUUAUACAUAAUUAUCGACUUAAUUCACGUUAGAGAAUGGUGAAAUAAACUAAGUCAAAUACGAGGCUGAAACCCUAGUCCGUCCCUAUAUUCCUAACUCCAACAAAGAACGAUUUAGGACCUCUUGGAAAUUCAUCUAGGUCUUUAUGGAGGAUUUGAAGUGGAUAAUCUAUACUCAUUUGGACGAUGUCAUUCUUUCAAUUUGCAUGUAGACUAACCUGUAGAAGUCUAGUAGAUCCCACUAAAUGUGCAAAAUCUAUCUAUGCACUGUAAUAAUAUUUUUGUUUCCACACACUAUCAAUUUACAGAGGUUAGUUUUUGAUUGUAUAAGAAGUGACUGGAAAUUUGUGGUUGUUUUAGGUUCAUCUCUAUGCUACA